UGGAUUACGAAACUGAAAGAAAAGCUAAGGCUAAAGAUAAAAGAAAAUGCACAAUGUGGAGAUCAAACUUCUGUCAAACAGGUAAAGAAAACAAACUACUUACCACUCACAGUCGAUGACCUGCUCUUAGCAGAGGAGGCAAUAGUGCGCUUUGUGCAAAAGAAACAUUACUCCAGCGAAUUGGCUGCACUGAAAUCCGGGGGUGUAAAGAAAUCCAGUCAACUGUACAAACUUGACCCCAUUGCCAUUGAUGAUGUAUUGAGAGUUGGUGGUAGGCUGAGCAGGUCCGCUCUACCUGUGGAAACAAAACACCCUGCAAUACUACCAAAAGAAAGUCACGUCUCAAAGCUCAUUCUUCAACAUGUACACAAUAAAGUUGGUCACAGGGGAAGAAAUCAUAUGCUCUCAACCCUACGACGACAGUACUGGAUUCCUCAUGCAAAUGCAGCAGCCAGAAAGAUCAUCAGUGAGUGUGUGAUAUGCCUAAAGCAGCGCCAAAGACCAGGUGAGCAGAAAAUGUCUGACCUGCCUGUUGACAGAGUCACAGCUGAUGCCCCACCAUUCACACAUGUGGGCCUAGAUUAUUUUGGGCCAAUAGAAGUUAAGAAAGGCAGAAGCCUAGUUAAAAGAUAUGGAGCACUUUUUACUUGCCUAACCUGUCGCGCAGUACACCUGGAGGUGGCGCAUUCUCUCAAUACAGAUUCCUGUAUAAACGCCAUCAGGAGGUUUAUCUGCCGCAGAGGCCAAGUCAAAGAAAUCCGGACGGAUAAUGGAACCAACUUCGUCAGCACAAACCCCCUAGACGAUGAAGCCCUGCAGACAGUCUUCUGUGAAGCGGAGGCCAUACUGAACGACCGUCCAAUCACCACCUCCUCUGGCGAUCCCAAUGACAUCGAGGCCUUGACUCCAAACCACCUUCUUCAGCUGAAAGGUAAACCCAUCUUGCCACCAGGUUUAUUCAAGAAGGAUGACCUGUACGCUCGGAGACGCUGGAGGCAAGUGCAAUACAUCGCCGACCUCUUCUGGAAGAGGUGGACGACCGAGUACCUCCCUCAACUGCAAGAGCGGCAGAAGUGGAACAAAGUUCACAGAAACUUCACAGUUGGUGACAUCGUGCUCGUGGUGGAAGAGUCCGCACCCAGAGGUGCGUGGCCCAUUGGGCGCAUCACCGACACCAUGGCAGACCCCAAAGGGUGCGUUCGACGGGUCCGUGUCAAGACACAGACCAACGAGUUGGAAAAGCCCAUCACCAAGAUCUGCCUCCUGGUGGGGGUAGUUUAAGGGGCAACAGUGAUUGUUCGCCUCCAACGGAGUCAUGUUCUUGAACCUCUGACUCUACACAUCUACAGAUGCUCACUUACUGAUUUAGUCCGUGAUGCAAUAGGCGUCACAACCUUUAUGCUGAAAACAUGCACACAGUCCAUAAGCACACAGAACACAUGCACACAGACCAUUGCAUACACUUGAAGCCUUUUUCCCUUUCAAGAAGAAUAAUUUUUGUUGUUUACGGACCAAAAACCAUUUGUAAAUGCACUUGAGUAUGAACUUUAAUAACAAUGCAAAAAAAAGGAAAGCAAAUAGCAUUGAAUUGUAUGUAAGCUUACAUUUAUCACCGUACUUGUAAUGGCCAUUCACUUGUAUAUAUUGUAUAUAGAUUUGUAAUUACUUGUUGUUCAAGAAUUAGGGGCCGGAAUGUAAUGGCCGUUUCUGUUUUUUGUUAAGCUCACUUCGACCUGUGAUUUGUAUACGCCUACCUAGGCACAGGUGCGGGUGAUUUUA